AUGGUCACUAACUACGGGGAGCUGGUGGUGAAGCAGAAUCACUGCGAGGACACCGUGAAGGUGCUGCACGGGCGCGUGGCCGAUCUGGAGCUGCCCGAGAAAGUGGACGGGAUUGUAUGCAACUGGAUGGGUCACUCGCUGCUGUGGAAGUCGGAGAUCCUGGAGGUGCUCGAGGCACGGGAUCGCUGGCUGAAGAAGAAUGGCUUCAUCCGAGAUGCAAGAUACGGCUGA